GGUUUUAACUUAGACUUCUAAUAUGAAAGGCAAUUUAUUGACUUUAUACCUUUGUUUGGGCGCGGCUGCAGCCAAAAAUGUGUUUCAGGGGCUUCAGGUAAACGAUGAUGACUCCAUGAAGAAAGAACUGGAGCUCAACAAGCGGGAUGGCAAAAAUGUGGUUUCGUUGGAAUUGGACGAGGCCGACUUAGGUUGGCUCAAAAGGGAAAAGCGAGGUGAGAAGGAUGACACUCUCUUGGCCACAGGAGUGAAGAGAGAUGACAGAGGGUUCCUUGGCCUACAGAUUCCGCUCGAGAGGCCUUUGCCUGAGCUGGAGAAUGCUCUAAUGCCGGAUGUCAAGACCAGUAACUUGGCCACUGCUUUGACGCAAAUACAGGACAUCUCCAUCUUUUCGUCGUAUAUUCGCGACAUGGUGGACCUUUACCAGAAGUGCGAUGACACGACACAAUUCAAUAUUAACUCGCAGAGCGACAAUAUGCUGCUGAUUUUUGCGCCAACGAACGAGGCGAUUGCCGAGCUUCCCGAGAAGCCAUGGCAGUUCCCAAGACCAGUUACCAGGGAGUCGGACGCUGACGACGAAGCGUCGAACUAUAACAUCAGACACUUUGUGGAGUCGCAUGUGGUGCAGAGCUCGAAUGUGGCAGACUUUGGCAAGGCAGAGGCUGUCUUGGAGUCGCUGAACGGCAACCGGAUCCAUCUGCGCAACUCCGGUACUAGCUUCGAGCUGUCGUUGGACGACGUGGACGAGUGGCUGCCGAUCCGCAAGAUCGAGCUCACCGCGAACGGCGCGCUCCUACUCAUCGACAAGACCCUUUCUUGGCCUAACAGAGGCUAGUUUUUCGCAGAUUAAGUAAGCUUACAUGGUUUU